AUGGCUCCGACCCUUGGCCUUGGGCCUGGCUCCUCCAAGCUCGGUAGUCACAUGCUCCGCAACUCAUUCUACACCCACGGCCGUUGGACAAAUUGUUACUCGCCAUCUGCCUCGCGACACAUGUUUCUGGCCUCCACGAGAUCGCGAUGCCUAUCACGGCCUUCGGUCUCUUCCAUUCGAACCUUCGCCUCCAAUUCGGGCAAGAGACCAAGAUUUUCCCAGCGCCUCGGCGAGGCCAUGCGAAACACCAAAAUUCAAUGGUACCGGAUCCCUGUCGGUCUAGGUAUUGGUUUCCUCGGCCUCGUCCAGUUUUAUAAGGUCUCUUCCCGUGAGAAGGAGAGACUAGAGAAUGAAGAUGGACAGGAGGGUUCCAAGGCACCUAAGAAGCGCCCCAGGAUCCGACCUGAUGGUCCAUGGCUAUCUCUAGACUUUGGGGACGAUUCAAUGAACUUACUAUUCCUUACUAUCUUCGAAUUCCUGGUUUCAAGCUUUAUUCUUGGGUCUUUGGUGUCAAGUCUGUACCCUCAACUCAACGCUCGAAAUCCUUUUGCUAACGAUAGCAGCCUCGACGAAGUCGCCGAACCCGAUCUCCACGUCUAUCCCAACCUUGCAUCCUUCUUCUACCGUACGCUCAAGCCCGGUGCUCGACCACUUGAUCAGGAUCCCCAUACUCUCAUCUGCCCUUCCGAUGGAAAAGUACUUCAGUUUGGCCAGAUUCAAGGCAAUGACAUUGAGCAAGUUAAGGGUAUGACUUACACUAUCGAUGCUCUCCUUGGAAAGAAUACUCCUGCUCCAAGCAUCUCUGGCGCUUCUGGUACUUCAACUCCUGCAACAAGUCAAGGCGACGUCUCAGAGGAGGAGUCGCUCGUUAAGCAACAUGAGGAGUUUGCUCAAGUCAAUGGCAUUUCAUACAGUCUUCCCGAUCUUCUCACCGGCACUGGAAAACAGGCUCCUUCGGCAAAGGACGAGUCUAUGCCCGCGUCUCCUGGUACAGUCUCUGAGGUCCGUGCCGAACUCGCUCUUGGUGAGCGACCUUGGUACGAUCUCAUAUCUCCCGACAAUACUACAUCGCUUUACUAUGCCGUUAUCUACUUGGCUCCCGGCGACUACCACCGCUUUCACUCUCCCACGAAUUGGGUUGUUGACCGCCGACGCCACUUUGCAGGAGAACUCUAUAGCGUGUCCCCAUACCUUCAGCGAACCCUCCCUGGUCUUUUCACACUCAACGAGCGCGUGGUACUUUUAGGCCGUUGGCGCUGGGGCUUCUUCAGUUAUGUGCCAGUCGGUGCCACCAAUGUCGGCUCCAUUGUGAUCAACUUUGAUAAGGAACUCCGAACCAAUAGUCUGCUGACUGAUACGGCAGCAGACCGUGCAGCAGAGGAAGCUGCCCGUAGGGGUGAAGUGUACCAUGGAUUUGCUGAAGCCACAUAUGAAGCAGCCAGCCCUGUCCUGCGGGGUCAUGCGCUACGACGCGGUGAAGAAAUGGGUGGUUUCCAGUUGGGUAGCACCAUCGUACUCGUUUUCGAGGCACCUUUAAGCAAAACAGAUGAGGACAAUAGACAUGUCGGCUGGGAGUGGGCUGUACAGAAGGGACAGAAGGUGAAAAUGGGACAAGCUCUGGGACGGGUCAUUGAGUGA